AUGAACAUGCGUAGUCUAAGGAGUCUCAAAGUACAAGCAAAGUUCAUACAGACAAUACGUCGAACAGUUGGUGCUAUUGAAACCCAUUUUAGUUUCAAACUCUUCUGCACACAAACAACACAAAACCAAGACAGCUUAUGCAAGAGAAUCGAAAAGCUUCCCAAAGGAGAAUCAAUAGCGUCCGCUUUCCGUAGUUGGAUGGGUGAUGGCUUCCCCGUUCGCGGCACCGACGUCUUUCACACCAUUAACCGCCUCAGAAAACUCAACUUCAACAAACGCGCACUUGAGGUGAUGGAAUGGGUGAUUAGGGAGAGACCCUAUAGACCUAGGGAGUUGGAUUAUUCUUAUUUGGUGGAAUUCACUACUAAGCUUCAUGGAAUUCCACAUGGUGAAAAUCUAUUCACUCGUGUUCCGGUUGAAUUUCAGAAUGAGUUACUCUAUAACAAUCUUGUGAUUGCUUGUUUGGAUAAAGGUGUCGUAAGGCUUUCACUCGAGUACAUGAAGAGAAUGAGGGAAUUGGGUCAUCCCAUUUCGCAUUUGGUCUUUAACCGGUUAAUAAUUCUGCAUUCCUCGCCGGGUCGCAGGAAGAUGAUACCUGGUUUACUUACUCAAAUGAAGGCUGAUAAGGUUACACCGCAUGUUUCGACAUACAAUAUUUUGAUGAAAAUAGAGGCCAAUGAACACAAUCUUGAAAAUUUGAUGAGGUUUUUUGAUCGAAUGAAACGGGUGCAGGUUGAACCGAAUGAAAUAUCUUACUGCAUUUUAGCUACUGCACAUGCAGUUGCUAGAUUGUACACUGCAACUGAAAUGUAUGUUGAGGCUGUGGAGAAAUCUAUGACGGGGAAUAACUGGUCAUCAUUGGAUGUCUUGCUUAUAUUGUAUGGGUAUCUAGGGAGCCAGAAGGAGCUGGAAAGGAUUUGGGAUAUCAUUAAAGGACUUCCCUUUGUUAGAUCUAAAAGUUAUUUGUUAGCCAUUGAAGCAUUUGGUAGGAUUGGAGAGUUAAACCGAGCUGAAGAGAUUUGGUCAGAAAUGGAGUCGUUAAAAGGAUUGAAAUCUGUAGAGCAAUUUAAUUCAAUGAUGACUGUGUAUUGCAAGCAUGGAGUACUUGACAAAGCAUCUAGAUUAUACAAAAAUAUGAAGACAAAUGGGUGCAAACCGAAUGCCAUAACGUAUCGUCAUCUUGCUCUGGGCUGCUUGAAAUCUGGUAAGGCAGAGCAAGCUUUGAAGACAUUAGAAUUGGGCAUGCGUCAAACCGUAAACAAGAAGAUUAGCAAUUCAACACCAUGGUUGGAGACUACUCUUUCAAUUGCUGAGAUUCUUGCUGAAAAGGGGGAUGUUGAAAAUGUUGAGAGAUUGUUUGAAGAGUUUCAUAAAGCUAGGUACUGUAGGUAUACUUUUGUAUAUAAUACCUUGAUUAAGGCUUAUGUAAAAGCUAAGACUUAUAAUCCAAAUCUUUUGAGAAGGAUGAUUCUUGGAGGAGCUAACCCUGAUGCUGAAACUUACAGUCUUUUAAAAAUUGCUGAACAAUUUCGAACCUGA